AUGGGAGAAUCAAUGGCAACUCUAAUAAGAAAUGUUAUAGAUAGAAAAUUUAUUACAGAUCAAUAAGGAAUAGAUGCUAAAUUUGGAAAAAAUAGCUUUAAGAAAAAUAAGAUGUGUUCUCAAAAAAACAAAAGACCAUAAAUUUAACAAACAGAAUUACUCUCUAGAAGAAUAUCAAGAAAUGAGAUAAAACCUGAUUAUUAAUAUAUCGAAUUGAUAUGA